AUGCCUUCCCGUUUCUCCAAGACUAGGAAGCACCGCGGGCACGUCUCUGCCGGUCACGGCCGUGUCGGCAAGCACCGCAAGCACCCCGGUGGUCGUGGUCUCGCCGGUGGUCAGCACCACCACCGUACCAACUUCGACAAGUUCCACCCUGGUUACUUCGGCAAGGUCGGUAUGCGCCACUACCACCUCCUGAAGAACCACGGCUACUGCCCGACCAUGAACGUCGACAAGCUUGUCUCGCUUCCCGAGGCCCAGGCUGACGUCCCCGCUGGCACCGUCCCCGUUAUCGACCUCGUCCAGCUCGGCACGUUCAAGCUCCUCGGCAAGGGCAAGGUCGACCGCCCCUUCAUCGUCAAGACCCGCUUCAUCUCGAAGCAGGCUGAGGAGAAGAUCAAGGAGGCCGGCGGUGUCGUCAAGCUCAUUGCCUAA